UUUUGGUCGUUAAAGGUCGAAGGGGUGAUGAGAUAGAGAGGGCCGUGUGUCAUAACUCGAGUGGGGUCGAAAAUUUAUCUUCUCAUCUCUAACCACACAUUUAAACAGGGAGGAGAAACAACUGUUUACGUCUACAUCAGAUUCACAUGGUUACUUUAAAAAUGCAAAAACUGAGCCAAUUUUCCUCAUAACCAUAGGAAUAUCGAAGAUGGUGGACAGCGUGUAUUGUACUAGAUCCUUAGGUGUUGCUAUAGAAGGAAUAUCGAAGAUGGUGGACAGCGUGUAUCGUACUAGAUCCUUAGGUGUUGCUAUAGAAGGUGUUCCUGAUCAAUAUGCGGACGGAAAAGCCGCACGUGUAUGGGAAGUUUAUAUCGGAGAGAAAGAAACUCGUACUAAACAUUACAGAGAAUUUCUUACAUCAAUGUUAAGAGAACAUGGAUGUAAGCAUAUAUUAGAUGUGGCAUGUGGCACUGGAAUCGAUUCUAUAAUGUUAUUAGAAGCCGGAUUUAAGAUGACAAGUGUAGAUGCUAGCGAUAAGAUGUUAAAAUAUGCAUUGAAGAAAAGAUGGAACAGAAGAAAGGAACCUGCUUUUGAUGAUUGGGGUAAUCUUACUUUAUUAAAUUAAUUCUUUCCAUUUGUUUAUAAAAUAAUUUUUAGAAUUUUUCCAUUUACGAUAAAAUAAUAUAAAAACUCUUAUUUUAAAAAAUUAUAACAAAAAUAUAAACAGAAUAAAAAACAUUGUAUUAAGUGUCCUAGUUGCAUGGUGACAAAAAAUAAAAUGUUUCUUACAUAUAUUUAUAUACGUUAGCCUCUUGAUUCUCUUGAAAUUGUUAGCU